GGAGAUGAGAGGAGACGAGACAAAAGGAGACAAGGCUAGACUAGAGGAGACAAGAGACAAAAGGAUAGGAGACGAAACGAGGCAAGACGAGAGGAGACGUGAGGAAAAGGAGCAAAGAGUGCCUGCCCUGGUCCAGGUUGAGGAGUCCUGGAGCGAAGGUCUGCGUCAGAACCUGCAAGGUCUGCAGGAAAAAAGGACAGUAGCAGAGAUAAGGGGCUCCCACAGUCCGGUAAGACCCAGGUGAACAUGGGUUCACAGGGGGUCAACGCUGUCAGACACAAGAGACUGAUGGAGGGCCUUAAUCCUGCCAGUGUCACGGAGGAGGGCUCACUUGUCAAGAAUGCCUUAGAAGAGUUGUGAAAACAGCCAGCCCGAGAAGGGGAGUCAUGCAGUUGCGGAUGCAGUUCUCCUACCAAGCCACAAGCCAGUCAGAUCAGUCAGGGAGAGAGAGACAGAGAGAAAGUGUGUGAGAGUGUAUCAGGACCAGAGGCUCUAAAGGACGUCACACACACUCCCAGAGAGAGAGGGAAACACGCUGUCACAGGAAGGCGUCUAUCCUCACGCGUUCUGGGCUGUGGAGGAGUCAACAGCCUCUGCCAGAAGUGAGUAUUCCAGAGGUGGAUGCAAUGAAACGAUGAUGUGCAUUUAGUCAGCUGAACUGGAUAUUUCUCAAGAGUGACAAAGAUACUGAUUUCCCACCGUAACUUUCUUUGUGAGGAGGGUUUUUGAACUCCUCAACACGGAAAGAAGACUUGUAAUAAGACGCUAUUCGAGAGUGUGUGAAGGUUUUUGCAUCACCAUGGAUCAGCCAGCCAGCAGCUGCAUGCGGAGCGCCCAUCCCAGCAGCCCUAUCUGGGGUUGCAUGAGGAACCCUCACUCAGGGGUCCCAGGAGCCAAUCUGCAGUCUCCCUACCAGCAGGCCCCUUUCUCCCUCCACCAGAAGCCCGAGUUCCUGGCCUACACAGACUUCUCCAGCUCUUGCCUGGUGCCAACUGCGCCUCACGCAGCCUACCCCCGUGACGACAGACUGUACCAAGAGAGCCCGGGGGGUUAUCAGAGAGUUGACUGGCAGUUCAACCCCUGUGAGACACGGGUGAGAGCGUCCGAGGCCUGCCCGCCCGUCGUCACCCCCGCAGCAGUAGGUGGCGGUGGGGUCGGAGGGGCUGGCGUAGGGCCUGAGCUGGACAGUGUAGGGGGAGAACGGCUGCCAGGUGCCGUGUCCGGAUGCCUGGAGGGAGAAUAUUCGCCCCAGAGCGUGGCAUCGGCCGACUCAGACAAGAAGAGCUCCAAUAAGAGGAAGAGAGAUGUCACAGAUAUCCAGGAGUCCAGUUUUAAAGUGGACUCCAGCUGCAAGGCCAGGAAAGAGCGCACAGCGUUCACCAAAGAGCAGCUGAGAGAGCUGGAAGCUGAGUUCACCCACCAUAACUACCUGACCAGGCUCCGCCGCUACGAGAUCGCCGUCAACCUGGACCUCACAGAGAGACAGGUGAAAGUUUGGUUCCAGAACAGGAGGAUGAAGUGGAAGCGAGUGAAAGGAGGACAGUCAGCUUCACCCAACGACCUGGAAAAUGACGACAUAGACUCCGCUGCCUCGCCCAGCUCCGAAUGAACAAGAAAGCCGGCGCAGUGAAAAGGAGACACGAAUGUCCCUCGGAGAAAAAGGGCGACUGGACACCAAUGCAGCACAGUGCAACCUCUGCCCAUUUCUAUGGAAAGGAAUCAAAUAAUUUUAAAGACUUUUUUUUAUUCCCAGGCAGAAAACACUGGGCAUCUCUUGUUGUUUUCUAUUGUAAAUAGUUGAUUUAUGUCCAUAAUGAACUGCUUUUUUUUUUUUUUUUU